AACUGCAGGGAAUAUAUCAUAUGUAUAUGUAUAAGAUAAGGUUUUUUUAAAUUGUAGCAGCGUGUUUGCCCACAAUAAUCUCCACCUGCACAGCUCUUGCAGAAGGUUUCCACCGUGGCACGUGCUGCUCACGGAAGUGUUGGCUCUGAUGUAACCGAUGCGGCAAGUCGCUGCCUUCAAGGGUCGGUCACUUGGUAGAUGCCUCUGCACUCGUAUAAAGAUACAGAGCACCGAUCGAGACCAGGUGGUGGCCACGAUCAGUGACGAUGAUGCUGCUGAUCCUCUUCUUGAGGCAAGGAUAUUUCUAAGCUUGUCAAAUGCGCUUAAAUGGGGCUUAUCAAAGCUCACCGAAAUGCCUUUUGAACGGUUAUUGCUGACCCUGCCACCUUCUAACUCUAUCAAAGGUCUCGCUAUUGAUGCGAAAUCUUUGAUGAAGCAUCAUGCACGGCAUCACUUUCAUAGUCCGUUUUUUCUUCACCGUCGAUGUCAUCUACCUCAUCACUAGCAAUCUGAUUAUAAUAAUCCUCGGUUUGACCACCCUUAUCUUCUUCAAACAGAUGAUUAACUAACUAAGUCAGCAACCUUUGAGAGUUCAUAGGUCUCUUGUGUGUAAUCUGCUGCUGUGCAUCGAGUGCCUGCUGUGCGGAAGAACCCUGAGAGCGCUGAAGUUUGUAGAUUGAUGGACGUCAUUCUCCUCUAAUGGUAUAUUAUCAACAACGGUUCGUUAACCUUGAUCCCUGGUAAAAUAUAGAUUUUUCCAUCUAUAUUUAUUUUUAAGUAUCUGUUCGGGGUUGGAAGUUAUUAGAUUUGGAUUAUAAAAAUCGUAAAACGUUCAUGUCUAUUCACUUGGACCUAGCUUAACAAAGGGGAUACGUUCCUAGCAAUCCUCGUGUUAGGCGAAACAUGGACUCAGUACAAAAUAAGGAUACAGGCAUUUAUUGUCCUGUGCUUGUUUAGGUGCCAAUAUCAGUAAACGACAGUUUUCUAAAUUAACCCAUAAAUACUGAUUAAGCUGCGAGCUAUUUUCCAUUGACAAAAAUAUAAACAGGUCGCUAGCGGAAAAAUUUUAUUCUGUGUAGUAACAAAGUUUUCAAAGUUCACCGAAAUGCUGGUACCAUGGUCAAACUGUUAAUCAAUUGGGUUUUUGGACAAACUGCAAAAUAUAAAUAAAAUGCUUAUCUUAAGAGAAUAUCUCAAAAAUGUAAUGCAGGAUAUUCUCAACUACCUUCAAAGGCCAAGUCUAUCGGUGUACAUACAUGGAUUAAUAUCCAAGCACAGGCCGAUUAAUAAUUUUUUUAUGUUACCUUUAAUUUAGUUUAAUCAUAAGUGUAAAAGCUCUUUAAAGGUAUAAAGAUGGGCCUUUUUAUUGCCCUUGUUUAUGGGCGACCGAUUUUGUUUACUUAAAUAUAUAUACUCUGAAGUGCACAGAAUACAAAUAUUAUGUUGUCAAAAAAAAAGUUUUGCGGUAUUUUCGCUAGUUGGCGCUGAAAGCGCGUAGUUCUUGUUUUAUUCGUCGCAUACUAUACCUUUUAAGAAAGCUCAUUUCACGCGCUAACACGUGUUUGAUUGAUUGUCUUUUCUUUUAAGUCGUUCGUUAGUUAUAGCGUCGCAAUCAUGGAGCAAAAUAAAGAGAAAAUACGGCAUAUUUUACAGUACUACUACGAUAAAGGCAAAAAUGCAUCUCAAGCCGCCAAUAAAAUUUGUGCAGUUUAUAGACCCGAUACUGUUUCCAUUUCCACCGCACAACGAUUUCGUUCUGGUGCAGAGGUGGUUGAAGAUGCGCCACGCUCCGGAAGGCCUGUCGUCGAAAAUUGCGAUAAAAUCGCUGAAUUGGUCGAAAGAGACCGGCAUAGUAGAAGCCGUAGUAUCGGUCAAGAGCUGGACAUGAGUCAUCAAACCGUUAUUAACCAUUUGAAGAAGCUUGGAGUCACUAAGAAGCUCGAUGUAUGGGUGCCACACGAAUUGACUCGAAAAAACAUCUUUGACCGUAUCGACGCAUGCGAAUCGCUUCUAAAUCGCAACAAAAUCGACCCGUUUUUGAAGAGUAUGGUGACUGGCGAUGAAAAGUGGGUCACUUACGAUAACGUAAGGCGCAAAACGGUCGUGGUAGAAAGGGGUGAAGCGGCCCAGAUGGUGGCCAAGCCUGGAUUGACGGACAGGAAGGUUCUUCUAUGUGUUUGGUGGGAUUGGCAGGGAAUAAUCCACUAUGAGCUGCUCCCCUAUGGCCAAACGCUCAAUUCGGACCUCUACUGCCAACAACUGGACCGCUUGAAGACAGCACUCAUGCAGAAGAGGCCAUCUUUGAUCAACAGAGGCCGAAUUGCCUUCCACCAGGACAACGCCAGGCCACACACAUCUUUAGUGACGCGCCAGAAGCUCCGGGAGCUCGGAUGGGAGGUUCUUGUGCAUCCACCGUACAGUCCGGAUCUCGCACCAAGUGAUUACCACCUGUUUCUGUCCAUGGCGAACGCGCUUGGUAGUCUGAAGUUUGCCACAAGAGAGUCCUGUGAAAAUUAGCUCUCCUGGUUUUUUGCCAAUAGGGAAGCGAGUUUCUAUGAGAGGGGCAUUAUGAAGUUGGCAUCUCGUUGGGAACGCGUCAUCGAACAAAACGGCGCAUAUUUGACUUGAAUCGCAUUAUUGUAACCAAUUUUAUGAACAAUUGAAAAUUCAAUAAAAAUACCGCAAGACUUUUUUGACAACCUAAUACUAUUUUCGCUUUUCGUUUUUCGUCUUUAAUUUUCAUCUGCACUUCGUGUUAUUUAGUCUACCACAAUAAUUCAAGAACCGGGUUUAGUUCUCAAAGAGUGAAUUGGUAUAAUUUAUAUGUUGCAAAAUGUGAAAAAGGUAGAAUGACGCACUUUCGACCUCAUAAAAUUGAAUUAUUCUUAAUCAAGAUCAUCAACGAGUCGAUUUAUUUUUAACAGCAUAACACAUUCUACAGUUCAAACUUUAUCGAACCCAAUAUAUUAAUCAAAUCAGAAUGACUUAUAUGAAAUUUUAUCACCGUAUAAGAAUUUUACUAACACAGCUCUGUCAUUUCCAGAAGUAAAACUUCCAUGUUUUUGGUUAAACCCAUUAUUUUUAUAGUCGACAAGAUAAAGGAUGAUUUUUAUACCCUUUCAGAGCAAAGCGUAUUAUAAUUUCAGUCAGAAGCUUGCAACGCAGUGAAGGAGACUCCUCAGACCCCAUAAAGUAUAGGGGAGAGUGGGGAUAGGUGAACCACUUUUUUUGUUGAACAUUAUUAUGUCAACAACAAUUCGACGUUAGGGUCUGCUGUUUAUAGGAAUCUAAAAGAGCAUUCAUUCCUUUGCAUUUAAAGUAUUUUGUGAAAAUAAUAUGUCACGUUUUUUUAACUUUAUGAGCAUUUUAAAUUUUUGUCUCGAAUAAACCAUUGUCGUCUACUUGAACCACCCCACAAACAUAGUUGAACCACCUUUCAGACUAAUGGAAUAUUUUGAAAUGCAUGAGAUAUACGUGAAAAUAACAUAAUUUGCGUCUAUUUAAGUUAACAAAAGAUUUUUUAGAGUUCAAUGCAAUGAAUUGGAACGAUCAACUGUCAAUGACAACAGACGUGUUUUUAUAUCGCUCCGCCGAGUAACUAAAAAUACAUCGGAAAUAUCAGAUUUCUAUUUCGCAAAAUUCGCUCAGGGUACGCGUGGGUACUUAUGUUGCCUAUAUCUAAUUGCUAAUAUAAGUGAUAUAA